GCGCGUCCACGUCAGGCUGUGCUGUCACGAGCCUGAGCAGAGCCGUGGAGAGGAGGCUGGAGAAUUAGAGCGGACAUCAAUAAUACACGACGUCUUAUUUAACGCCUUAAGUGCGUGAGAAAUAGGGAAAGACGCGUAUUUCCUAUCGCUACCCGAUCGUUACGACUGUCUAUCGCGUUAUUCCGGUUAACCGGUGAUGUAUCCCAGCAUUUGAACGUUAUUGCUAGCCAGCUAGCCAGCUAGCUAGCUGUUGAGCUAGCUCUACCUUGCGUGACUCAUAGUAAGUCAACGUUAAAUUCCUGGGCGUUAUUUCUAUUAACGUACACGAGCGCAUCCACCAGAGAGACAUCCUAACAUAUCGCGGUUUUUACCUCAGCCAGACGCUGUCAGUGUCGUGUGCAACGCAUCCGUCCCAACCUGAUAGGGAUUGAAUGAACUAACGUUAGCUUUGCCACAGGCAGCGGAAACGAGCCCGUUAGCAGGGAUAACGUUCACUUAUCCCGCCGCUGCUGCUUCUGCUUGAUCCACCGACGUCCCGCUAAUCUCGCGAGCCACCUUCACAAAAUACAGCUGAACCGUUAAGACCCGGACUGCAGCCGAACGUCAAGUGAUUCGUCUACCACUCAGUGCAGCGGCAGGUCGUCGUUUUCACGGAUAAGGCCGGAGUGAGUUCAGAAAGCAGCAAACAUGCCGGCGGUGUCCAAAGGAGAUGGAAUGCGUGGAUUAGCGGUUUUCAUCUCAGACAUCAGAAACUGUAAGAGCAAGGAAGCUGAGAUCAAACGGAUCAAUAAAGAGCUGGCCAACAUACGCUCCAAGUUUAAAGGUGACAAGGCUCUGGAUGGCUACAGCAAGAAGAAGUACGUCUGCAAGUUGCUCUUCAUCUUCCUGCUUGGCCAUGACAUCGACUUUGGACACAUGGAGGCUGUCAACCUGCUGAGCUCCAACAAGUACACAGAGAAACAAAUAGGCUACCUGUUCAUCUCAGUGCUGGUAAACAGCAACAGUGAACUGAUCCGACUGAUCAACAACGCCAUCAAGAAUGACCUGUCCAGCCGCAACCCCACCUUCAUGUGUCUGGCACUUCACUGUAUUGCAAACGUUGGUAGCCGUGAGAUGGCCGAGGCCUUUGCGAGCGAGAUCCCACGGAUCCUGGUUGCUGGCGACACGAUGGACAGUGUGAAACAGUCGGCUGCCCUCUGCCUUCUGAGGCUUUACAAGACCUCCCCUGACUUGGUUCUGAUGGGCGAGUGGACGUCACGCGUGGUGCACCUGCUCAACGAUCAACACAUGGGUGUGGUGACAGCAGCUAUCUCUCUCAUCACAUGUCUGAGCCAAAAGAAUCCCGAUGAGUUCAAGACCUGCGUUUCCUUGGCUGUUUCCCGACUCAGCAGGAUUGUGUCAUCAGCCUCCACCGACCUGCAGGAUUACACCUACUACUUUGUGCCUGCGCCAUGGCUCUCAUGCAAGCUGCUGCGCCUGCUGCAGUGCUACCCUCCACCAGAAGAUGGUGCUGUCAAGGGUCGCCUGGUCGAGUGUCUGGAGACCAUCCUCAACAAGGCCCAGGAACCACCUAAAUCCAAAAAGGUCCAGCACUCCAAUGCCAAGAAUGCAAUCUUGUUUGAGGCGAUCUCACUUAUCAUCCACUAUGACAGUGAACCGAACCUGCUGGUGCGAGCCUGUAACCAACUGGGCCAGUUCCUGCAGCACAGAGAGACUAACCUGCGCUACCUGGCUCUGGAGAGCAUGUGUACUCUGGCCAGCUCGGAGUUUUCCCAUGAAGCUGUCAAGACGCACAUCGAGACUGUCAUCAACGCCCUCAAGACUGAGAGGGAUGUGAGUGUUAGACAGAGGGCAGCUGAUCUGCUGUAUGCCAUGUGUGAUCGCAGUAAUGCCAAGCAGAUCGUUGCCGAGAUGCUCAGCUACCUGGAGACUGCAGACUAUUCCAUCAGAGAGGAGAUGGUGCUAAAAGUGGCCAUCCUUGCAGAGAAAUAUGCCGUCGAUUACUCCUGGUAUGUGGACACUAUUCUCAAUCUUAUCCGCAUCGCUGGUGACUAUGUCAGCGAAGAGGUGUGGUAUCGCGUUAUUCAGAUCGUCAUCAACCGAGACGAUGUGCAGGGCUACGCAGCAAAGACGGUCUUUGAGGCCUUGCAGGCUCCGGCCUGCCACGAGAACAUGGUGAAGGUUGGAGGCUACAUUUUGGGAGAGUUUGGUAACCUCAUUGCUGGCGAUCCACGCUCCAGCCCUUUGGUUCAGUUCAACCUUCUCCACUCCAAGUUCCAUCUGUGUUCCGUGCCGACUCGCGCCCUGCUGCUGUCGGCCUACAUCAAGUUCAUCAACCUGUUCCCAGAGACCAAGGCUACCAUCCAAGAAGUGCUGCGCUGUGACAGCCAGAUCCGCAACUCAGACGUGGAGCUGCAGCAGCGUGCUGUCGAGUAUCUGAAGCUCUCUUCCAUUGCCAGCACCGAUGUCCUGGCCACUGUCCUGGAGGAGAUGCCUCCCUUCCCAGAGAGAGAAUCAUCGAUCCUGGCCAAGCUGAAGAAGAAGAAGGGUCCUGGUGCCAUAUCUGUGACAGAGCUGGAAGACAGCAAAAGGGAGGGCGGGGAGUUAAACGGCGGGAGCGACCGAGGGCCAGAUACAGCAGCCAUGUCUGCCUCUAAUGCUUCCACCCCAUCACCGUCAGCAGAUCUCCUUGGGAUUCGCUCGGCCGCUCCCAUCAAUGCAGCUCCAGCCGGUGCUGGCAGCUUAUUGGUCGAUGUGUUCUCCGAGGCGGGCCCUGCUGCACCUUCCACUGCUGUGAACGACGACGGCUUCCUAAGAGAUCUGGAACAGCCCACCGAGACCUCCGAUUCCCUAUUGACGGAGGGUUCUGGUGACUCGGACUCCUCUGCUCCUCCCUCUGAGGAUCCUGCCACUCCUCUGUCUGAGGCAGACGAACUUCUUAACAAGUUUGUGUGCAAGAACAACGGCGUACUGUUUGAGAAUCAGCUGCUUCAGAUCGGCAUCAAGUCAGAAUAUCGACAGAAUCUGGGGAGAAUGUACUUAUUCUACGGUAACAAGACGUCAGUGCAGUUCGCCAGUUUCACCACCAACGUCAGCUGUCCUGGAGAGCUGCAGUCUCAGCUCAAUGUUCAGACCAAACAGGUGGAACCGCUGGUGGAGGGUGGAGCCCAGAUCCAGCAGGUCCUCAACAUUGAGUGUCUGACUGACUUCUCUGAUGCCCCGCUGCUCAACAUCAAGUUCAGGUAUGGAGGAGCUUUGCAGAACUUGACUCUGAAGCUGCCCGUCACCAUCAACAAGUUCUUCCAGCCAACUGAGAUGGCCUCACAUGACUUCUUCCAGCGCUGGAAACAGCUGAGCCAGCCUCAGCAAGAAGCACAGAAGAUAUUCAAGGCCAACCACAGCAUGGACACGGAAGUACUGAAGGCUAAGCUACUGGGACUUGGAACGGCUCUGCUGGACAAUGUUGAUCCCAACCCAGAGAACUUUGUGUGUGCUGGAGUGAUUCAGACCAAGAGUCAGCAGGUCGGCUGUCUGCUACGACUGGAGCCUAACGCUCAGGCACAGAUGUAUCGUCUGACUCUGCGCUGCAGCAAGGACUCAGUGUCCCAGCGUCUGUGUGAGCUGCUGGCCCAACAGUUCUAGAGUCCAGUCUUGUCCAAUGAGCAGAACCUUCACCAUCCCCACCAGCGACCUCUCUCCCUCCGUCCCUCCCUCCCUCCCUCUCUCUCCCCUGAGCCCUCCUCACUUCUCUUCCUCCAACAAACCACAAAUCUUUAGGUAAAAAAAAGGUAUAACCGACAUAAGGGAAAAAGCAGCCGCUGCGAAACAGCAGCGGUCUUAUUAUUGUCAUUAUUGUCAUUAUUGUCCCAGACUUUGAUUCCAGUUCAUUCUUUUACUUGUUUAUAACACAACGCUUCAUUCUUGUGUCUGUUGGUGUUUAUCUGUGUGGCUAUUGUGUGUGUGUGUGCG